ACCACAGGCAGUUCAGAAAGGUUUCUUGUUUUGGAUUUGAAAAAACUGUUCCUUUGAGUAAUUUUACUGGCUCUGGUUCAGUUUUACUUUACAAACCAAACAGAAUUAUUUUCAUCAGUGUUUUGAUCCAUCAGGCCAGUGCUGCAGCAAUGCAUCAGUUCAUUUCCAUGAUGUUUUCACUGCUAGUCAUUACUGGACUGCAGGUGAGUGUUGAGUCCACAGGAACACGUUCUGAGCGAAGCAUGGACAGAAGUUACAGAUCAGAGCUGACUGUGCCGAAUGGAGGGAGAUGGGGGUCGUGGGGUCCGAGGGAAAUGUGUCCAGCUGGAAUGUAUGCUGUAGCAUUCCGUCUAAAGGUGGAAUAUCGUACUCUAGGGGAUGACACCGCACUCAAUGGGAUUCGCCUAUACUGCAUUGAUGUGUCUAAAGUCUCAAACUCUAUUCGUGACUACGCCUCAGUUCAGUCAGAUGUGGGCAGCCAGGGUCGGUGGACUGAUAUCAAAUGGUGUCGUUCUGGAUUGAUGACUGCUUUUAAACUGAAUGUCGAAAGGCCUCAAGGAGAUGGUGACGAUACGGCCGCAAACAACAUCAUGUUCCAAUGCAGUCAUGGGCCUUCUGUAGUGGGUGAAGGCACAAGCUGGGGCGACUGGGACUACUGGAGUAAUACAUGUGACGGAAAAGGGAUUUGUGGUAUCCAGACACGGGUAGAAGAGUCACAGGGACGAGGAGACGACACCGCUCUCAAUGAUGUGCGCAUGUACUGCUGCGAUUAAGUUGUUAGAGGAC